GCAGCGCCUCUGCAGGGCAAAGGGUGGCCAUGCUGCAUCGCGACAUUUCCAUUUCCAUGGUCGUGCUUAGACUGGUGGUCGUCUGCGCUCUGCUCUUCGCUGUGAUCGCUGCGCCCACGCCGGCGCCGCUAACUCCGUGCCACAAGUGUGCCCAGAGCAACCAGUGCAGCGAUGCGUACCAAGGAAAAGCCGCGCAGUUUUGCGGUAAUUGGCUCAGCGCUGGCGCGACGCAGCCGUGCUGCUGCCCUGCCGGCGCCGACCGCUGCAGCACCAAGCGCGACGCGUGCGAGUGCAAGCCCGAGCCCAAGACGAAGAUCUCGGCAGGCGUCUACGUAGCGAUCGUUGCUGGCGUCCUCGUCGUUGUCGGCGGCGGCGUCUUUUGCUUUCUCAAGCGACGGCGACGGCUUGCGAAGGUGCCCGAGCCUGCAAAGACCGAGAAGACCGAGCUGCCGGCCUACCAGCCCGCCUACGCAGACACGUAUGCCCGUGCCGGCGGUCUCGUCUAAGAUCUACUAGUACUAUUUAAAAAGACAACUUGUUUGGGUUACAGAGA